CCGGACGAUAACAACACGCUUUGUUUUGGUCGAGAACUACGCUCAUCGUCGUCGUCUUUGCUUCUUCUCUCGUUGUGUUCCCCGUAUGCAAUACGGUAAAAAGCCUCCAUCCGUCUUCUACCUUCAGCGACUAAUUCUACUCGAUGCCUUGGCGUAGAAUUGGAAGUGGGGAGAGAGAACACAGCACUGCCACCGCUCAAACGGCUAUAAUUAGAGAGGUUUGAGUACAGUGUUAGGGAAGCGUAAUACUACUACAUUACCCAACAGCCGCAGACAAAGAGGAGGAAUAAUAAUAGAGGAAGGGGGAAGAGGAGAGAGAUAUCAAGGGCGGGUGGGACGGCUGCGGGAACCGAUCCGCGCCGGGGGAGCGUUGCUGGGGGUAAAUCUUGCCUUUGGGGAGAAAAAGACGGCUUUUUUUUAUUUGUUCUUGUUGGGGAAAAGGUCGAUCUUUUUCUUUGGGGGUGUUUCUUCAGUAUGCCGGAGACCGGGUACCCUUAUCGCUCCAAGAAGACGGAUGAUAUCUGCGACGACGUCUGCGGUGAGGCUUCAAGGGCAGCUCUUAGCAUGUCUAAGCGGCUCCGAUGCGCCCUCCGGUGGUUCGAUUUCAAGGCGUUAUUACUUCUCUUGAUCGGCGUUCCCAUCCUCAUAUUCGUUAUCCAUGUCCACGGCCAGAAGAUCACCUACUUCCUCCGGCCAUUGUGGGAAUCCCCCCCUAAACCCUUCAGAACCAUACCCCAUUACCACCACGAGAACGUCUCCAUGGAGAACCUGUGCAAGCUCCACGGAUGGGGAACUCGAGAGAUUCCUAGGCGCGUCUUUGAUGCCGUCUUGUUCAGCAAUGAGCUUGACAUUCUCGAAGUCCGGUGGAAUGAGCUCAGCCCGUACGUCUCGGAGUUCAUCCUGCUUGAGUCCAAUUCGACAUUCACUGGCUUGAAGAAGCCCCUUUUCUUUGCGAGCAACCGAAGCCGCUUCAAGUUUGUGGAGUCACGGUUGACUUAUGGGACUGUUGGGGGGAGAUUCAUGAAAGGUGAGAAUCCUUUUGUCGAGGAGUCCUACCAACGAGUGGCACUAGAUCAGCUUAUCAGGAUCGCUGGCAUCAGCGAUGAUGACCUGUUGAUCAUGUCUGAUGUUGAUGAGAUCCCCAGUGGCCAUACAAUCAACCUGCUUAGGUGGUGUGAUGAUAUUCCAGAAAUGAUUCAUCUCCAGCUGCGGAACUACCUCUACUCCUUUGAGUUCUAUGUUGAUGAUGAUAGCUGGAGGGCUUCGAUUCACCGAUAUCGAGAUGGCAAGACCAGAUAUGCCCAUUUUCGUCAGACUGACGACCUGUUAGCUGAUUCUGGAUGGCACUGCAGCUUCUGCUUCCGGCAUAUUAGCGAGUUUAUAUUCAAAAUGAAAGCUUACAGCCACGUCGAUCGCAUCAGAUUUUCCUAUUACUUGAGUCCUUCCAGAAUUCAAGAUGUCAUAUGCCAUGGAGCAGACCUGUUUGACAUGCUUCCUGAGGAGUACACAUUCCAGAAAAUCAUUGCCAAGUUGGGACCAAUUCCUAGUUCUUACUCUGCAGUGAAUCUUCCAAGUUAUCUAAUUCAGAAUGCUGACCGGUACAGAUACCUUCUCCCAGGGAACUGCAAGCGAGAAAGUGGCUGAGUAAAUUAGUGGCUUUUCAUAUUGAUUGGGGGUUACAGGAAAAGUCUUGAUGAUAAACUGGUAACUGUAGUCUCAUAAUGGAGAUGAGUAUCUGGAAUAGGUGAAUGGUUCCUUUGAAAAAGAGCGCAGGCAUGGAUAGUUCUUGUGUUAAUGUGCGAUGAUACUUUAAAGAGCUGAUAGCCUCCACAUGCAUGCCUGGGGCCUACUAGUGGGCUCAGUGGACUUUUGACUACCUUCGGAGAUUGUUCAUUUGUUCCUUCCUCCAUGGUAUGUGAUAUGACACCUCAUUGUUGUAGGCUCAAAAAUGGGUGAGGUUCCCAAUUGUUCUAUCUCUGGGAUUCAUUUUCUGUUGAGACUGAUUUAUUCAUGUAUUCUUCUACGGAAUGGGCUAGAUGCUCUAUAGAUUUUGUGCUUGUAAUAUAUGAUUUGGUUGAGUUCUC